AUCCCGGAGAGUGGAGCAUUGGCACACUACGACUCUAACUGGAAGCUUCUCAGGGCUGCACCAGAAAACCCCCGCACAGCUCCCUCGGCAGGGCACCCCGGGAUCCGUGUUUUGCAUCGCUCCACAAUUUGCAUUUCUGCCUCAGAUUUUCCGUGCGACGGGUUCAGCCGCUCGAAACCAGCGGGCGCUCCACGGCUGUAUUACCACCGAGUUCAAGCUUGGCGUCGAGCUAUACAUUUCAUUUUGUGCGCCUUGGUGAUAAAGACGCAUUUGGAGAUGUCGGAAGUACUGCCUUUCAACGAAGAAAAAAUGAGCCAUUAUGGAAAUGAGGGCGACGAGGGACACCUUUCCUUCACCUGUCGUCUUCAAGACACCAACAACUUCUUCAGUGGCUCACAGAACAAACGUCCGCCGAAGCUUGGGCAAAUUGGCAGGAGCAAACGGGUUGUGAUUGAGGAUGAGAAUGGCGACAACGAAGCACUGAAAAAUGGAACAGAGAAGACCCCAGCAGAUGCUUAGAGCGUUCAGCUCACCACCCCCUAAAAGACACUCUUGAAAUUUUUUAUGGCGAUAUUUACCAGUUUUAAUCCAAAGACUCUGUAUAUAAGCACUUUCUCUCAUGUGGCAGCAAGCAGCACUUCCACACCCUCCUCUUCCAGUCAGUCAUGGCCAUCCGGGUGACAUUCACUGGGAGCGGUGGGAGAUGGCAGCGAACGAGACCCCCAGAUGGAGCCCCCCUCCCCCCAGCAUGCACACACAACCACACAGAUACGCAAACAAACACACCCUUGAUUAUAGGGUUUUGCCAUAAAUCCAAAAGCAGAAGAAGACAAGGAGGGGGGAGUUGUGGUGGGGGCAAGGUGAAGGAAGGAGACAACGCUGUCGAAAUGCAGAAAUCAGGGACAGAAUGCAGAAAUAAAUCUAUUAUAAAAAAGUAAAGCACACACUUCUCCUAUAUCUCACUAAUCAAACCUGUGGUAUCGUUCUUUCUGCUCUUCAUUUUAACCAAGGACAAUGAACAACAGAGCUUGUAAAUAUGGAAAGGGUAGCCCAUAUUUUCUUGCACAAAGUGGGAAUCGGUAAACUGGUUUGUUCUGUGUUAAAGACUUUAUUUAUUGAUUGUUUGGAGUAUGUCCUUUGCAGUGACUUAUGGCCAGGGGGAGUGCUUGUUUUGUAUGUCAAGAAAACUUUGAGCGAAUGAGUGGGAUUUUCUUGUAUCCACUUAACAAUUCUUGAUGUUGCCUGAGUGUUUUUUGUUAUAUUUUGCAGCUAAUAAGUCAUUUAUAUACAGUGUACCUCCCACCUGUUUGUAAGCUUCCCAGGCUUUCACCUGGAUUGGUUGAUACUGUAACCUGACUGUACACACCCUAUCGAUAAACUAUUUAUAUUGCAUUGUGCAUUAUUGUGUGUGCCAAAUCUCAUGAGGGAUAUAACUGUACCAGACAACUUGUUCUUUUUGUGCUUUAUACAUUUACUCAUACAGUUCAGUUGUUUUGUUGGGUUGCUGUCUUUUAGGGCUCUUUCUUAAAACACAAAUACAAACUCAUGCAUGGCAAAAUAUGAAAUCAUGCAUGCACAGCAGAAGUUCUGAAACUCUUGUGUAUUCUUGAAGCACCUCGUAUACAGCUUUGAAUGACAAACCUCGAGAAACAGUCUUAAUUCUGCGUUGUACUGUAUGGUUCACACUGAUUUGUACAGUGGCCUAAUAUCUUGUAAUAAAGAUGAAGAAGUACUA